CAAAAGGAGAGGAGCAAGGAAUCAUGUUCCAGAAGGAGAGGAGCAAGGAAUAACUUCAACUCUCCAUUGCCGUGAGUAAGUGGUGGUGCUAGCAUUGCCUUAGAAGCAUUCUUCAGCCUCAUCACUAUAAAGAUGUUUGGGGAAGAAUAACUAUAACACCACAAGCCCAACCCCUAGUUUGUUUCCCUUGCAGAUUGUACCGUUUUUGUUUCAUAUUUCUCCCCUUCUUUCUCCUACAAGUCGAUCAAUUUCAGAUGGCUGAAGCACUCAUUUCCGUUCUCCUAGAACAAUUGGCUUCAAUCAUCCAUCAACAGGUACAACAACAAGUGAAAUUGGUAGUUGAUGUUAAGAAAGAAGUUGCAAAUCUCAACGACAAUUUCCGAGCUAUAAAAGCCGUGCUCAAAGAUGCAGAGGAGAGGCAAGUGAAGGAGGAUUCAGUCAAACAAUGGCUGGAUAAGUUAAGGGACGUGUCCAACGAGAUGGAGGACGUGUUGGAUGAUUGGAACACUGAAAUUCUGAGGCUACAAAUUGAGAAACAAGAGAAAGGUGGAAAUACUCUUGAUACGACUAAGAAGAAGGUAUGUCUAUGCAUUCCUGCUGCUUUCUUUUGUUCUGGCCAAGUUAGUCGAGUUAUUUUUCGUCGCGAUAUUGCUAUAAAUAUUAAAGAUCUCAAUGAAAGGUUAGCAACAAUUGCUAAGAUGAGGCAAGAUUUUAACUUUCAGUACACAAAAGGUGGUACUGAACAUAUUGAGAGACAAAAGACUACUUCUUUUGUCGAUCAAACAUUUGGUCGUGUAGAUGAAAAAGAAUUAUUGGUGGGUAAGUUGUUGAGUGAGAGUAAUCCUGAAGUGCAGAGCCCCCUUGUCAUCCCUAUUGUAGGGAUGGGUGGGAUUGGUAAAACAACCCUUUCCCAACUAGCAUAUAAUGACGAAAAAGUGAAGGCCAAUUUCAAAAUAAGAAUAUGGGUUUGUGUCUCAGACCCAUUUGAUGAGCUCAACAUAGCCAAAGCCAUCAUAGUUGCCCUUGAUGGAAAUGUCAAUUCCCUUUCGAAUGACCUAGAAGCUUUCUUCCAAUGUGUGCACAAGUCUAUCGAGGGGAAAAAGUUUCUCCUCGUCUUAGAUGAUGUGUGGAACCAAGACUAUAAGAAGUGGGAACAAUUGAAGCUACCUUUACAGAAUGGUGCAGUAGGUAGUAAAAUUAUAGUCACUACACGAAAAGAAGAAGUAGCUAGGAUGAUGGGAGCACCCGAUAACACUAUCAAUUUGAAGGUGUUGAGUGAUGAAAAUUGUUGGUCAUUGUUUGCUAGAAUUGCCUUUACCAAUAGAAACCAAGAUGAGUGUAAAACUUUAGAACCUAUUGGUAAGGAAAUUGUAAAGAAGUGCAAAGGGUUGCCUCUUGUUGCCAAGACUUUAGGUGGUCUCAUGCUUUGUAAGAAAACAAAGAAAGAAUGGCAAGAUGUUUUGAGUAGUGAGAUAUGGGAGUUACACACGAUGGAGCAACAAGUUUUCCAACCGCUAUUACUAAGUUAUUAUGAUUUAACUCCAAUGAUCAAACGUUGUCUAUUAUAUUGUGUUACUUUCCCAAAAGACCAUGUAAUUAAGAAAAAAGUUUUGAUUGAGUUGUGGAUGUCACAAGGUUUUAUUGGUUCAGUUGAGAACAAAGAAAAGACAAUGAUAGACAUUGGAGAGUCAUAUUUUGAUGACUUAGUAAUGCGAUCUUUCUUCCAGAAUUUCAAAGAAGAUAAAUUUGGAAAUAUUAAACAGUGUCAAAUGCAUGAUAUUGUGCACGACUUUCUUCAAUAUUUAACUGAGAAUGAAUGCUUAAUCGUUGAGUUUAAAGGUGGGGAGGAGAGAAUAGAAUUGCCCAACAAGCUUGGUCAUUUGACCAUAAUGUUUGCACCCGAAGGACGUUUUCCCCUUUCUUUUGACCACUGCCAACGUCUGCGGACCAUUACAACAUUUAAUUGUAAAAUUACAAGUCUCAGCCGAGAGUUGAUUUUACAAUCAAAAUGCGUGAGGACGUUGAAUUUGAGUCGCAAUGAUAUCGAAGAAGUUCCGGACGAGGUUGGCGUGUUGGUGCACUUGAGGUAUUUGGAUUUAUCCGAAAACGAGAGGCUGCAGAAAUUACCUGAUAGUUUGUGUAAUUUAGUCAAUUUGCAAACCUUGCGAGUUGAUUGGUGCCAGGAGUUAGAAAAGUUACCCGAGGCCAUGGGAAAGUUGAUCAGCUUGCAGCAUCUUUAUGCCAAGGGUUGUCGGAGGCUGAAGAAAUUACCUGAUAGUUUAUGUAAUUUAGUCAAUUUGCAAACCUUGCGACUUGAUGGGUGCGAGGAGUUAGAAAAGUUACCCGAGGCCAUGGGAAAGUUGACCAGCUUGCAGCAUCUUCAUGCUCAGGGUGUUUCGGGGCUGAGGUUGCCCAAAUCAAUUGCGAGGUUGAAAAGUCUACGGACGCUAGAUCUCGAGUCUGUUGUAAUUGAAGGUAGUGGAGAUGAAGAAGGAUUGAGGUUAAGUGAUUUGAGAGACUUGGACGAGCUUCAGGGGGAGCUUGAGAUCAAAUUGGUGGGGGAAUUGAAAGAAAGUGCUGCGAGUGAUGCGGAGAAAGCCAAAUUGGUGAACAAGAAACACCUUCUUCAUUUGAGACUGUGGUUCUACAGGGGGGAGAGGGACCAGAGUAGCAUCCAGGAAGCAGUAUUGAAUGCCUUACAGCCAAAUUCAAAUCUUGAAUCCUUAGAGAUCGAAGGUUACGGUGGCAGCACCCUGUACUACCCCAAUUGGACCUCCUCUUUAAUUAACUUGAAAAGCCUGACCUUCAGUCGGUGCGAUGUUUGGAAGUAUGUGCCUCUUUCGGUUUUGGGCUACUUGGGGUCCCUUGAGACACUCAGAUUUGAAGGCAUGGAACAAGUGAAAAAGGUUGGAUUUGAGUACUCACUUGAUCAUCAAGUUAUAUUGUUCCCCAAUCUGAAACAACUCCAGUUCUUUGAGAUGCGGGAGUGGGAAGAAUGGGAUCAUGAUGAGAAUGAUGCUACUUCAUCGUCACCAACUUGUUUCAUGCCACGCCUUUCUACUUUAUCCAUCACUUACUGCAAAAAGCUGAAGACACUGCCAGACUUCCUUCCAAGGAAGACGCCGCUGCUUCAGAAUUUGAUCAUCAGACUGUGUGACAUUCUCUCCCAAAGUUGCAAAGACAGGCAAGGCCCGGAGUGGUCCAAGAUUUCUCACAUCCCAAACAUCACAAUUGGUUGGAAAACUGUACAAAAAGAUGGAGUUUGGAUCGAACAAGAGGAUUGAUCAACAACGUCAUCCAUCCAAUUCCUUGGAAUGUUGAAAAUGGUUGAAAAUUACCAAGGCCGUGGGCAAGCUGUUUAACUUACAGUAUCAUAAAUAAUUAUAAGCUGGAAGUCUUCAAAAGCUUAGUGAGGUUAACAAUAUCCAAGAAAGUGUGUGAGAGAUAAGGGUGAUCCUGAGCAAGCACGAUUGGUAAAUGAGAAGAAACUUGAUUUGGGACCAAGUUUGUGGUACUCAACAAGAGAAGAUCAACAAAUACUGAACCCCUUGCACUCAAAUCCAAACAUCAGUAACUACAGUUGCAUUGUGCACACUGUGCAAUAGAUGACAGAUGUCUUCAAAUAAUUUCAGAAGGCUGAGGGAUGAUGAGUGCUGUUUAUGUGAAUUUGUGCCUCUUUUGGGGAAUUUGGUGUCUGUUGAAUCACUGCAGUUAUGUUUUGACAUGAAAACCAAAGAGUGCUCCAAAAGGAUAAAUGAUAAGUUGAGAAGAGCAAGUAGGGUUUUUCAAGGGGUGUGCAUUUAGAGAUGUGAGUAGACAGACCUGAAUCAUCAUCUAAUACCUGCCUAGCUUGUCGAAAAGGAAGGUUGGGGAGCCCUAUAAGGAGGAAAAUGUAACUUUUGGACCUGCGGUCAGAGAUGGAGAGAGCGUUUUUGGCGUCGGUGCUCAUAUUUAUGCAUCCACUCCUUGAGUGAUCCCUUCAUUUAUGUGAUGGACUUGCAAAUGCUGCUAGGCAUGCUUGCCACACAGUAUGUAUGUACAUGGUGCAAGGUGCUUACGUAUAGAGCUCAGGGCUGCUAGUCGAGGUGCUGAAUCAGCAAUGAGAGCACUUGAUCUUGCUGACAUGCCCAAUUUCCUCCAACUGUAGCCACAGAAAGCUUGGCUGGCACUCUGGGACAUAUAUAGAAGGUCGAGAUUUCUCAAACGUGGGGUUUCAGAUGUUGCUCUCAUUUCUCAUACAUUUUGGUAUGGUUGGAGGUGAAGCCUAUUCUCUCUCAAAGUUGCAAAGACAGGCAAGGCCUAAAGUGGUCCAAGAUUUCUCACGUCGCAAACAUCAAAAUUGAUCACAAAAUUGUACAAGAAGAUGGAGUUUGGAUUUGAUCACCCAUCCGAUUCCUUGGGUGCAAAAGAAAUUGAUUGCAAUGAAAUAGUGGAACAGCAGAAAUGAUCCGAAAGUCUCAUUUGAGUUCACAUUCAAGACUUUCGUAUCAUGCUGACCUCUGUAUAGUAUGGCAGAUUGAAGACUAUGCAACGCCGUUUUAUAUGUUGGGGAAUUUCAUAUUCUCACCCAGUCAUAUCACCAUCCAGGAUAUUGUCGUUCCUCCUUUUUUUAUACUGCAGCUCCUUAAAAGCAGCACAAGAUCUCCAUGGAAUAGUGGAAAGGUGGAAGCCUGAAUCUCAUUGGAUGUGACCUCUUUGUUGUAGGCCAAAUUGAAGUCUCUUUCUUGUCAAUCAGUUCAUUAUGCUGAGGAUUUGACAUCCUUAAUUAAGAAACUUCGACUCAAUUCAUCAAUCACUUCUAUUGUUCGUAAUUCUUGAGCUUCUGAAGAGUAGAGAAGACUCAGAAAAGCAAAAGAUCCUCAAAGAUAUACUCAAUAAACUCUAUAUCAAGGCCUGAAAAAACUUGAUAGCUAACAGCUGAAGAUUUUCGCCGCAUUGAAAUAGUGGACCAGCAGAAAUGAUCCAAAAGUCUCAUUUGAUUUCACAUUCAAGAUUUUUGUGUCAUGCUGGCCUCCGUGUAGCAUGGCACAUUCAAGACUUUGUGUAACUCUGUGUUAAUAUAGUGAGAAUAGUCAUAUUCUCAUCCAGUCAUACCAUUCUCCAUGACAUCAUCAUUCCUCUUCUCAUCGAUCACUUCUAUUUUUCAUAAUAAAACUCCCAACUCCUGAAGAGUGAAGAGGUAUAUUUGACAUUUGUUCUAUCCUCCUCUUGAAGUUAUAUAUGCUUAAUACUUCAGUAAUAUUCUGUUUUCGAUGAGUGGUCUGAGUAGUUGCUAUGUGCUUGAAUGAGUUUGCUUCACUUAAUUUUAUAUAAGGGAUAGGUCCGCUAAGCUAUAUUUCCUACUCACUAUUAUGUUUAAGGAAAUUGUGAAAGCAUACUGAAUUUCUGUUUUGGCAUACAUAUUAAGGACAACUCAGAAGAGGAGAUGAACCUCGAAGAAAUACUGAAUGCUUACUACCAUAUCCAAACCUGGAAUCCUUGUAUAUUGGAAACUACAAUGCCACAAAAUUGAUGCCCCAUUGUCUCUGAAUAAUUUGAAAAGGCUUGAGUUCUCAUGUUGGGGCUAUAUAUAAAGUCUUGCCUCUUUUGGUUUUGGGGAAAUGGUGUCGUCCUGUUACUCGAUGCAAUAUUUUAAGAUGUCUGUUGUGAAACAGGUGGGAUUUGAGUCACUGAUAAUGGAAUAAUGAUCAUCAUCAUCUUCAUCCCAUCCUCAUCUUAUUUUUUUUAUUUUUUAUUUUUUCAAAUUUGAAACAAUUUAGCUUUGUCAUCUUGGAGGAGUGGGAAGAGUGUGAAGGAAUGGCAGCUGGGUCUGGGUGGAGGGAAGAGGUUGAUCUCAAAUUAAAGACACACCUCUGCAAAAUUUGAGGAUUAUAUCUCCCCCAAUUCUUAGGCAAAGUUGUGGAAAAAGAGGAAACAUGAUGUGGCUUGACAUUUCUCACAUCCUAAACAUCCAAAUUGAUAAUGAGUUUGUACAAAGAGAUGGAGUUUGGAUCCUACAAGAAUCUGGUGAAACCUGCCCUUAAUUACUUCAUCAUCAACCGAUACAUCUUGAUCUUCUUUCUGGUUUCUUUAUGUCCAAAAUAUUGUGGAAGAGAUGGACAGUAGUCAUUGCUACAGUUCUUAAGGAAGACACUGGUGAAGAAUUUGUUCAUCUUGGGAGGAACAGAUCUCCAGUGAAGUUGCAAGAACAGAGGCAUGGAAUCCAGAAUGGGCCCAGAUUUCUCACAUUCUAAACAUUGUUUCUCUAACGAGCUGAACAGUACUCCAGAAGGACAAAUGAUUAAUGGUGAAGAGCAAGCAAGGUGUUUCUAGGGGUGUGCAUUCGGAGAUGUGAAAAGACAGACCCAAAUCAUCAACUAUUAGCUGCCUUGUCGAAAGGAAGAUCAGGGAGCCCAACAAGGAGGAAAAUGUUACUCUUGGACCUCCUGUAAGAGAAGGAGUGAACUUUUGAUGCUCAAAGUUAUGCCACGCCAUGCAUGCUUGCAACACAGGAUGUAUCUACGCAGUGCUAGGUGCUUGGAAUUAGGCCUUUUCUUAUAAAGCUCAAGGCUACGUACUGAUCCAUGUUCAGAGUCAGCAAUGAGAGCACUUGCUCGUGCUGACAUGACCAAUUUCCACCAACAGUACCAACAGAAAGCUUGUCUGGCAGAAGAAAGUUUGGGAUUCCUCAAAUGUGGUGUGAGAUGAUGCUGUCAUUUCUCAUGCAUUUGGGGUUUGGUUGGAAUUGAAACUAAUAUUCUGGUAUUAUCUAGCCUCGUAUCUGGCAGGAAUGUAGUUAUGAAAUCUUAAGAAACACAAUUUGCUUUAUUUCAUUACUUGUUAACUCAUUGUGGUGAGUACAUUAUACAAAAAUCUUUAUUACAUGCA